AUGACCAACCUGGUUCUGAGACGGUGGUUACGCUUAGUGAUCAAGUUUUCCACCUACGUUUUAGGCGUCAUCAGCCGGAAACAUGGAAAGAAAUGUCUGUGCAGACAGACCUACUAUUUUUUGUUGUUGUUGAAAGUGUUCAAGGCCUUAAUUCCCAAAGUUCGGAGCAGAGAGCUUUUGAAUUUGAAGAAGGUCUGGGAAGAGUCCUCCCAGUCCCUGAGAAGACGAACCCUGCCGCCUCUAACCCCACUAUCCCUGAUCUGGGAUAGUGCCCGGGUCUCCCGCUCCCUGCCCCUCAUCCCUUGGCGGUCUCAGCCCCCGCCAGUCCCUGGGGCCCGGGACCCACAGACUCACCACUACGCCCAUCGCCCUUCCCCGGCCUUCCCCCAGGCCCCAAGCCUCGCAGGUCUCUUCUUUCAAAAUUCAAUGAAGCAUAUGAAAGAAAGUUUUCCAGUGGAUUUUAUUCUUAUGGGCCUUACCAAAUAUCCAUGGCUGGAUUUUCCUCUCUUCUUUGUCCUCCUGGUGUCUUAUAUGUUCACAUUGUUGGGAAACAUUGCUAUUAUUCUGGUCUCUCAACUAGACUCCCAACUCCAAAAUCCCAUGUAUUUCUUCCUUACCAAUCUUUCCUUUCUGGAUCUCUGUUUUACCACAACAACUGUACCUCAAAUGCUGUUCAACUUAGGGGGGCCCAACAAGAACAUCACUUAUAUAGGCUGCAUGGCCCAGGCCUAUAUAUUUCAUUGGCUAGGCUGUACGGAAUGUAUCUUGCUAGGUAUCAUGGCCUUAGAUCGCUAUGUGGCCGUGUGUAAGCCUCUGAGGUACUCUGUAAUCAUGGAUCAUAAGCUCUGCCUACAGCUGUCCAGCACUGCUUGGCUCACUGGUCUGGCUAAUUCACUGCUGCAGUCCACACUUACACUCCAGCUGCCCCUGUGUGGGAACCAGGCACUGGACCACUUUUUUUGUGAGCUGCCUGGUCUUAUUAAGAUGGCUUGUGGGGACACCAUAAUCAAUGAGAUUAUUUUAGCAGUAGUGGCAACCCUCCUGAUAAUGGGUCCCCUCUCCAUGAUUCUUAUCUCUUAUACUUACAUCGCCAGAGCUGUAUUUCGAAUCCCUUCCACUUCUGGGAGACUUAAAGCUUUCAACACUUGCUCCUCACACUUAUUGGUGGUGUCUUUAUUUUAUGGGCCUGGGAUCUACAUCUAUAUGCAGCCCUCAGGGGAUGGUUCUCAAGACCUUAUCAAAGUCUUGACUCUGUUUUACUGUGUUAUUACUCCGAUGGCCAAUCCAUUCAUCUACACUCUGAGGAACAAAGAAGUUAUAGAAGCUAUGAGGAAGUUUUUAAGGAAGGCCAUUUCAUCUAAAAGAAUAUGA